AUGAGGUGGCAUCAGGUUGGGUGUGAGUGUGUGACCAUACCCUUAGCCUUAGCGUCUUCACCACCACCAUCAGCCUACCAUGUCUCUUCCGUUACUCACCGUCACACGCCCACCACCAUAAGCCAGGUGACCCCUCAAUCGUGUCCGGUUGAUACGUUUUAUAUUUUAGGGCUUUUCAAGAGGAACCCGGGUAAGCGAAUCCUCCCCCGCUCUCCGCCGUAUGCCGUCGAGUCCCGUGUGAAGCCUUCAACCGGUUACCUUCGCACCCUACAAUUACAGGGAUCAAAGGCGUCUGAAAAAAUAUAUCUCAAAGAGAUGAACGUCUUCCUAGCACAAGGCAGAGAAAAAAUCCAAAGCAAAAUCUUUUGCAAAGAAAAUUUCAGGAAGGUGGACCUCACAAUUAAUGCAGUUGAAUGUGUGAUUAGACGCAUCUCAGCUGGUGGUGGAAUUUCAAGGGACAACCUGACUCGAUCUUUAGAAUCAACUACAUGGAUUCUUAGAUUGGAGAAGAUUAGAAUGUACAUCAAGAACAAUAAUGGUUCAGGGAUGCGAAGAUGUAUUUUUUAUUUGAAAACACUUAAGGGAUCUCAAAGCUGCAAGAGCUUAUCAAGAUAUAGAUAAAACUGCCAAGUAAUUUGCAGUCCUCACACUCCUGGGCAAUGAACAAUUAGGCUUCUGGCUCUCGACUGUUGCAGUCAGUUUAGUCAUCAUAGCAUGUCUAGCAAUCAACCGGUCUGCCCGACUGCAUGGAAGAUUCCAUUGGGUUUGAAGCUACAAGAGAGACCUGAUAAAGGUCAAGGAGGAAUUGGAGCAGUACCCACGAGAGGCAGUUGGACUGGUGCUGCCUUUGACUAAAUAUGGUUAAAAUAAUUUUGUACCCAAC